ACGCACUAGCCGUCAAACUGCACAUGUCGCUCCCUUCACAAAAAAACUAGCACACAGAUACAUCCCUUCCGCUAUCCUUAUCCUGAUCCCUCUUCAGAAAAAAAAAGCCUUAUCCUGAUCCCUUUCCUUCUCUCAGAACGGAGGUGGAGAAGAAGCACGGGAGCACACUGGAGAGUCGACGUGGAGGUGGCGGAUCAGAGGAGCCGGCGAAAAGGUCGGCCAGGGAACGGGAAUAGCAGCUCCACCGUCUCGUCCUCCCAAAUUCUCAGAGCGGAGCUGGAGUAAUGCCGUCUGCGUCGGCGUCGGCGUCGAGCCGUCAAGGGUGCGGGAUGUGGGAUGUCUGCCCAUCCGCAACUACUGGAAGAACACGCUGGCAGCGAGCGUCUCCAAGAGCAAGGGAGGAGAUGACGUUGCAGCUCAAGGGGGCCUCACUACCUGAAGGCCUGAUAGUAGUUGCUUCAAAUUUUAAUAUGAGUUGCCUGAAAAUCACUGGAAGCUUCUCAUUAACGGGCACUGCCAUGUGGGUGUGGGAGGUCUGCGGCAACGCCUUCCGCUACAGCGCUGGGGUUUAAUCCUCCCCAAUCCACUCCAAUCUUUCUGCAAAACUGUUGCAACCGAACAGGCCCUAAAGAAUCCAAGGUCAGGGUGAGAUAUCAUAUGCUCGUAAACUUUCAGGCCGUGUACUUAGAUGUCCCUUCUAUUUUACACGCGUUGUGAGUGUUAAUCAUUUGUUUCCUAACCACAUAAAAAUAUAUUUGUUUUCAUAAUUUCCGAACAUUUUUUAACGAUGGUCCUUUUAUCUCGGAUAUACCUAUUUUCAUACAUUUCUUACUCCUAAAAACACACGGAAAUUCAAAAAAGGUUAAGUUCCAUAUUUAAAAUUAUUAGCAAUGACCUCUCUUUUACAUUAUUAAACAUGUUAUGACCUUAAUAUCAGGCAUCCGUGUCGAAACACACAUUACAUUGACCAUGAAUGAGCCUCUAUCUCUUUUAACAGAAUGAUGUAGGGAAAAAAAUCCUGUUGCAAUUCACGGGCCCUUUUCCUAGUAUAAACUAUAUCUAUAUUAUUCGUGAUCGUGCAUGGUACUAGCUUCUUCUUCAAUGAUAUGUGGCCACGCCGCAAUGGAACGGUCGUAGAGGUCUUGAUCACGCGUGUUGAGUGGUUUGUAGUUGUCGCCCAUCUUUACCGCCUCACGAAACUUAUUCAUCAAAUGUCUCCGUUUCCCGCGAACACGGGACACACUAAGUUCACCACGGUAGAUGAUGGGUGACGGGCCCUUUUUUAACUUCUGUAUGAGCGCCGGCACCGGUACGUCCCCGCCUUUGUAUUUCUUCUUCCUUCGGAGCAUCCCAUCGGCAUCAAUUAUUUGGCACUCGUCGUUGAAGUGCCAGUAGUUGUACUGGGGCCUUGGCCCCCGCUUCUUCAUGCUUAUUGAAUUUGAGUCGACGGAGACAAACGAUUUGCCACUAUUGGAGUCCGUGGCGCCGUUGUCAGCAGCUGACUCCUCAUCGCCGGAGGAGGAGAUAACAACAACGUCGUCGACCUUCUUUAAAAAAAAAAAGAAACCAAAUCAAACAAUUCUAAUUAAUUCUCAUGAUUUCUCAAACAUACGUGUAACCAACAUAUGUAGUUUUUUUUUGAAACAAGUAACCAACAUAUGUAGUUAUAUGAAAAGAAAAAACUAAUACUUCGCAUCUGUGCCCGUCGUGGUCUAAGAAGGCAAGGCCGUUGGAUUUGGUGGAGUAAUUGUCGACGUCGACAGCAGCAUCUUGAGAGGAGGUAUUGCCCACCUUUUUGUAAAAAAGAAAGAGAAACCGAGUCAAAUAAAAUUCUUAAUGUGCAA